CUGACUGUGUUGAACAGUCGGGGGGAGACACAACGGAGACGCGUCCGGAGAUCAUUCGCACAUACACAGCUUUACUUGUGAGAUGUGUGUCUCAAUCGGCAGCGGAUACAUAAACAUCCCGACUGAUACAGUACAUUUCCAUGUGGAUUAUCCAUCACCCGGGAGGCUGAGUUACUGUUUUCCUGCGGACAAGCCGAAAAAUGUCUCAUUCUUUGAAUACUUGAGGAGUGACGACAACUUUCCUCCUUUUCGGACUUCACCAUACUAAUCGGCGCAGAUAAGAAGCGUGGAGCUACAACAAGAAGGAGAUUACCGGAUUUAACAAUGCAAACAGAUCAAUUCCCCGAUCAGGAUUUGCAAUUUUAAGCAGCAGGCAGUUUGGAGUCUGCAGCGGGGGACACCGAGCAAUGUUAUCUGCGGAGAUGCGUUGUUCGCUGAGGUUCAUGUCCGUGGAUGUUGCGGCUCGGUCGGGCUGCACACGGUGCCUUUGGGUGGCUGUGAUUGGACCGGACACAGACUGGGGCUGACUGAUGUUUGUCCGAGAGGAAAUGUUUUGGGGAGGAGAUCAAUAUGACUUACUGGCGCACGCGAGGGGGGGAGAUUGCCAGUCUUCACGAGCACACGUAUUACUAUGAGGACGGAGGAGAGCGUGCAGGGUUUCUUCUCUUGGAUUUAAAUUCAAAACAGACCUGAAAGCUCCUACCUUCAGACAUUUAUGUAUAUUUAAUGUGAUGCGUUUUGUUGCCUUUGCAAAGUGUUCCAAGAUUGUUACAAGUGGAUGUGGACAGUGUGUGUUUGCACUAAAGUUUUUUUUUCCUGGCUAUCAUGCAUGGGACUUUGAUAUUGCAUCACUUGUCUUAUAAAAUAUAAAUUUUUUGAACUCUUGCACCUCCAACAAAUAUAUCCCACCUGGACUUUUACUCUGGAGUUAUGGGAUGUUACGACAACAUUUUUAAGGAAGAAAACAAUCAGUUGCCUCAUUUCUAAAUGCAGUAAAAUGUACCCCCAAAUGCCCGGCAACAUGGUAGUGAACUGGGUUGUGUAUUCAGUUUUUAUACUCCCGCUGUUUGCAGUGGGGACAGCUUUCUCGGGGGUCUUCAAUGCCACAGACAGAGACAUUUUUACAGAUGACUUGCUGCAGGUCAAGCUCACACAAGCCAGAGCGACCUAGCAGUGGAAACUCCAGUCUACUGAUUCCCAUCCCAACCUAUAUUUUAACCAAGUGGAUGUGUUGCACUUGAGGCAAAGGUCCUCCACCACCCACAGUCACAUAUUUAAAGUCAUCCGGGCUGCUGCGCUCACCAUGUUGUCUAAUGUCCCCUUUUACAUGCCCCCUGUGAAACAUGCAGAGUUUACAAGCAAGUGGAAUGAGAUUUAUGGGAACAACCUGCCUCCCCUGGCUCUCUAUUGCCUGUUGUGCCCAGAGGACUCUGCUGCCCUGCAGUUUCUUAUCAAGUUUAUGGAUAGGAUGGCUGAAUACCCAGACUGGAGGGUAACCAGUGCCCCUAACGAUGAGGUCCCCAUGGCGCACUCUCUCACUGGGUUUGCUACUGCUUAUGACUUUAUUUACUCCUACCUGGAUGAGCGGCGGCGGGAUGUUUACCUCAAGAAAAUUCGCUCUGAGACAGAGGAGCUGUUUGAGCUCUCAAAGUACAGGGGAUGGGGAAAACAGUAUCUCCAGAAUCAUCAGACCACAAACAUAUUAGCCACCCUGACUGGUGCUAUAGUGGUUGGAUCACACAACGACCCGGAGUCAAUGAUCUGGAAACAAGUGGCAGUGAACUACAUGGAGAAAACUAUGUUUCUCUUAAACCAUGUUGUUGAUGGGUCUCUGGAUGAGGGGGUAGCCUAUGGGAGCUACACAGCCAAGUCCAUCACACAGUAUGUCUUCUUAGCUCAACGCCAUUUCAACAUUGACAACCUGCAGAACAACUGGCUGCGGGGACACUUCUGGUUUUAUUACGCCACUCUGUUGCCGGGGUUUCAGAGAACUGUCGGCAUCGCUGACUCCAACUACAACUGGUUUUAUGGGCCGGAGAGCCAGCUCGUUUUCCUCGACACAUUCGUCAUGAGGAAUGGGACGGGAAACUGGCUGGCUCAACAGAUUAGAAAGCACCGACCCAAAGACGGUCCCAUGGGGCAGUCGUCCGCCCAGCGCUGGGCUACACUUCACACAGAGUACAUCUGGUACAACUCCCACCUCAUGCCGCAGCCUCCCCAUGACUUUGGAAAAGCGAGGAUGCAUAUUUUCUCAAACUGGGGUGUGGUUACCUACGGGGCAGGGCUACCGAACGGUCAGGGUAAUACUUUUGUGUCCUUUAAGUCUGGCAAGCUGGGUGGCCGUGCAGUCUAUGACAUUGUCCAUGACAAGCCUUACUCCUGGGUGGAGGGCUGGAACAGCUUUAACCCAGGUCACGAGCACCCUGAUCAGAACUCUUUCACAUUUGCUCCUAAUGGGCAGGUAUUUGUGUCUGAAGCACUUUACGGUCCAAAGUACAGCUAUCUUAACAAUGUUUUGGUGUUCAGUCCAUCUCCUACCAGCCAGUGUAACAAUCCGUGGGAGGGUCAGUUGGGUGAGUGUGCUAAGUGGCUGCGAUGGACUGAUGAGGGGGUGGGUGAUGCCAGAGGGGAGGUGAUUGUCGCCUCCUCACACAGGGACACCAUGUUUGUGAGUGGGGAGGCGGUAUCAGCUUAUUCCCCUGCUAUGAGAUUAAAGAGUGUGUACAGAGCUUUAGUUCUGCUGAACUCACAGACUCUGCUGGUGCUUGACCACGUAGAGAAGUUGAGUGAUUCACCUGUGAAGUCCCUCAGUGCUUUUUUCCACAAUCUUGACAUUGACUUUAAAUACGUUCCUUUCAGAUUCAUGGACAGGUAUAAUGGUGCCAUGAUGGAUGUGUGGGACGCUCAUUAUAAAAUGUUCUGGUUCGACAGCCAGGGUCACAGCCCUGAUACACGGAUACAAGAGGCAGAGCAGGCGGCUGAGUUUAAAAAGAGGUGGACUCAGUAUGUCAAUGUCACUUUUCCGAUGGCAGGCACAGUCAGUCGAGUAGCAUAUGUCUUACAUGGGCCUUAUGUCAAAGUGUCCAACUGUAGAUUUGUGGAUAAUAGCAAGAAUGGAGUGAGACUUUCUUUAACUGUAAAUAACACAGAGAGGAUAGUUUCUAUUGCAACAAACUAUAAAGACAUAGGUGCGAGGUUGGCAUAUUUAGGAUUUGGAGGUCACUGCAAAGUUGAGGAUAGAUAUCAAAUCACUCGAUAUGGCCUUGGGACUCAACUGAUCCCCAAACAAAUCAGCAGUGAUAAUCAGCUGUUUGACUUUGGGUUCACAGUCAAUGUGAUAGCUGGGGUUGUUCUCUGCAUGGCCAUAGGAUUUUUGACCAUGCAGAGAAAGUUUUAUGUCUGCUUCGGCAGGCUGAUGCGUUACGCCCUCCUCUCUGUGCUCAUUCUGUGGAUAGCUGAGCUGCUGUUUGUGUCUAACAGCUGCGAUCAGCUUCUCUGUGGGGUAAAAUGGAAAGGUGCGGGUGCCAAAAGCGAAGUAAACAAACAAAUCAGACUGUAUGAGCAGCACCGGCUCCCCCUCCCCACUGUCGUCAUAACAACCCUUCCCGGAUCGGGAUCAGAAAUACUCAAGCACCUUUUCUACAACAGCUCGGACUUUGUUUACAUAAGAGUCCCCACCGAGCACGUGGAUAUUCCUGAGACCGAGUUUGAGUUUGACUCUCUGGUCGACGCCUGCGAGUGGUCAAGGUCAGAUGCCAUGCAUGGACGGUUUAAGAUUAUCCAGGGCUGGCUGCAUUCGCUGGUCCACAACACCAAGCUGCACCUGCAGAAUAUUCAGCUGGUAGAGGGCAGCAGGGUCAAACAGCCCCAGAGAGUUAGCCCCUCUAGGGACAGAAAGAAAAGAUCCAGACGGAGGGAGCCGGCAUCUGAGCUGAAGGGCAAACUGAGAGCAAGUCUGGACAGAGAUGCAGAGUAUGUGAGGGAGAUGAGACGGCAUGUUGCGGAGUACCCUAACGCCAGGGUGGUCCUCAACAUGCGGAGUGGAAGCUGGGCGCUCAAACUGCCUUUCAUUCAGGAGGUUGUGGGAUCUUCCCUGAGGACAAUCUACUUGGUGAGAGACCCUCGAGCGUGGAUUUAUCUCAUGGUUUAUAACAGCAAACCCAGCCUUUACUCCCUUAAAAACAUCCCGCAGCACCUUUCCUUGAUAUUCAAGGAGGAUGCUGUCAGUGACGGGUGCCCAGCUGCAGCGCCAGAAUUUAAAAUAAUCCAGAGGCUGCUGUCCCAUUCAGAGACAAACCCCAUCCUGAUACUGGCUCAUCUGUGGCUGGCUCAUACCGCAGCAGUGCUGAGGGUCAGCGAGAGCCUCCCAGAGGAGUCCUACCUCCAAGUGAGGUUCGAGGAUGUGGUCAACUUUCCGCAGGAAACAGCAGAGAGCAUACACACAUUUCUGGGGGUGCCUGUGUCACCCGCAGCCCUCAACCAACUCCUGUUCACCACCUCCACGAACCUGUACAAUCUCAUGUAUGAAGGGGACAUUUCACCAGCCAACAUUAACAUGUGGAGACAAAAUAUGCCUCGAAAAGACAUCAGACUAAUAGAGGACGUGUGUGGGAGUGUGAUGAGGAGGCUGGGUUACACCAGGUUUGCCAGUUAACAUGCUGCUGCUGGUCAGCUGAUACUGAGCUGUCUUGUUUACUGUAGCUGCCAUGGAGUUCUGUAAAGUUUUUCUUUUCUUUGCACUGACCUUAAAUUUUAAAAAAUAAUGUCACAACUUGAGGAGAAACUGAGUAGCAUUUCCGUCUUUUUAUUGUGUUUGUUUGGGUGUUGUACAGACUACAGCAACAGAUGUUUGUGAGGGAGGAAUACUUAACAUUAAAAUAGGUGGAAGGGAGCUUGUGUUGUUUUCUCCCCCCCCAGCCGCCCUUCACACUCACUUGUAGCACUCUCUUAUAGAGUGAGACCUUAGACCUUUGCUGUGUUACAUGCAGAGUUGAAUUUGUUCUGUUAUUGCAGCAUCCCACAACAGCUCAGUUUCAUAGUGAAGAUUAUUUACUGUUAGUUUUAGUACAAGAUGAGAAUUGAGAGUUUUUCUGUUCACUAAUCUUUAAUGUUAGAGAGAUGUGUGUGCAAAAUCUAUAUCUGUUAUUAGUGGCAUUAUUUAUUUUUUUCUCGGGACGUGGGGGUGGUUCAAGAGAUGCUUACCGGUUUGGAACAAAUAUGAUGCUCAUUAAGAAAUAAGAUUGUUAAUAUUGUUUAAUAUUGUUUUUAUUGACAGUCUUAUAAUUGGCAGCUUUGGGAGAGAAUUUUCAAAGAGUAAUUUGGCUGUUAUGAAUUUAAAGGGAUAGUAUGGAAUUUUUUGAUGUGGGAUUUUAUAGAGUACUUAUCCAUAGUCAGUGUAUUACAUACAGUAGAUGUCAGUUGCAAUGCCUCCAGUUUGGAGAAUCAGGCUGAAGUCUGACACGGAAGCUAAGCAAUAUAUAACAAUGGAUGGGGGUCGGCAAUGAAACAUAUUUUUACCACCAAAUAAAAUGUCCCACCUAAAAAAACUAAUAUCAGUUUGAGUCAACACUAUACUGAGAGUGUUUUUAUGGCUUUACCUUUCUGUCAGACAGCCUAUUUAGACUUCAGUUCCCCACCUUUGCUCUUGUAAAAGCCGCCAGACUCCAUUGAGAAAAAAGGGUAAUUUUAGCUCUCCGAACACAGGAGUUGCUGGUCUACCACUGCUUCAAUCAGUCAGUUAAUUUGUGUUAUUGUGUGACUUUGGUGAAUCUGAACUAAGUCUUCAAAUUGGCAAAGUCACAUAUGCAUGUUUUUUUCAGUAGAGUCUGGCAGUGAAGAGAGCAAUGCAUGUAAUAUACUGUUUAUGAAUAAGUACCCCAUACAGGCUCACCUCAAAAAAUUGGAACUAUCCCUUUAAUAUCUGAACUUGUCGUGCUAUUCCCUUUAAAACUUAAAAAAUGCCUCAAUUUUUAAACUCUUUUGCCAAGCAGAGAAAGAAAGGCUGUGCUUUAUUGCUCUAAUAUAGACAUAUGAAUGAUAUGGAUUGUAUUUUCAUUACAUCAGUGGAGGGAUUUUUAUUUGAAGCUCAAAGAUGUCACGAUGGCUCGGCGGCUUAGCACUUUCACAGGGACUCCUCUGAUUGUAUGCGGGAUUCAGUGCAUUCUCCAAAGCUAACUUUACUGUAUGUAGUCGAUUAGCUCGGAAACAUAAAACCUCUGAAGAUAUAUAAACCUCUGAAGAUAUAUAAACCUCUGAAGAUAUUAUGUGUAGAAGAAAGAAAGUUAGAAGUAUUUAUGGGUUCCAAAGACACAUAUCCCAAAGGAUCAGGGAUGAAUAUGAUUAUUAUAACUCCCUUUGGCAUUUAUUGAAUUAGAUCAGAGGGAAGUGCUUAAUAGGGAUCAAACUGAAGAAAAAACAACCUGUCAGCCUUGACACAUUUCUAGUCAAAGCAAUUUCCAAAGCAUCCCCCUCAGCUACUCAUAUUAAUCUGCAGAACGCCAUAACUGAGGCUUACCCUGUGUUUUAUUGUUGUGCUGUCUUCACUUUCAAGGCCUGAAGGAAAUGCAAACACUUUCCAUUUCCUGUCUUGGUCAAUCAGAUAUCCAAUGAUCUUUUUGGGCCUUUGUCUUGAGAGAGCUCAGCGAGCAUUGGACUGAGCAGGGGAUGAAUAUUAAAUAUAGUUAAAGAAAAAAAAAGUCAGAGACCAUUUCUACUCUGUGAUGUUAUGCUCUUUGGCCUGGGCGAAAAUAUACGCUCCUCAGUCAGUAAGCUUUGAUGCUGUCUUGCUUAAACAUUUCUGUACUGUAAAUGGAUCACAUGUAACAUGCAGAUUACGACUGCAUCUGUACACUCACAAAAAACCCAUACUGUACUCAUUUGGAAAUAUCCGUCUUUCCUCAGCUAGAAACAGUCCUGUUUGUUUUCUUCUCUACGAACACUGAAACCCUUGACUGCUUGGAAAAAAAAAACGUUUGAUGUUUGUGGUCUUUGAAUGUGUAGACUUGGCAGACAUGCUUUCACUUUGGUGUUGCAAUCCUGUUACCAACUCUGUUUUGUAUUUGCUCGUGGGGAUAUGGUUCCUUGCUUCUGUGGCCUUGAAUUACAAUCAUUUUCUUUAUAAGGGAUUUUCGGUGGGGCUCUGGAGCAAGAGGUUGAGAUAAUGUAAAGAAAAUAAUAAAUUCAUAAAUAUAUCAACCA